AUACAUUAUUUUAUUUUCCCUCAGUUUUUGUUCAUAGUUAUUGUUAAGCUCCUUUUACUAUCUCUCUCUCUCAUGCAGCUAUGUGAUGAAAGGAGGGCAAUAGUUCCUACACUGUUAAAGGACAAAUCUUUCAUCUAUUUUGCAGGAGUUUACAUGGUAAUCUUCAUCAAGAUCUGUUUUUGCCUUAACUCACCAGCUUGAGCCAUCUACCAUCCAUUUAGAGGGAUUUGGCUUUGAUUUUACAAGUUUCUGGUUCUGAUGGACAGAUCGCCUGUAAGAUGUCUUAUCAACAGUAUUUCUCGAUUCAUUCUUCUAGUUUCAUGCCAGACCAGGGCACAUAUGCCUAUUCAAAAGGAUUAUAGGAGCAUGGCUAUGGUUUUAAAGCUUUUGAAACCAGUGUUUGAUGAAAUUGUUGAUUUCAAAAUAUCUUCUGAUGAAAUCCUAUAUAAAGAGUGUGAAGAACUUGAUUUGGCCGUUAAUGAGGCUCGGGAAUUUAUGGAGAACUGGUAUCCAAAGAUGAGCAAGAUUUGCUGUGUUCAAAAGAGUGAAGCCUUGUUUGUGAAAAUCAGAGCCUCUUCACUGGAGAUUUGUCAAGUACUAUCUAGAUUGUUGCAAUCUUCUUCGUCCACUUCAAGUGUAACUAGCAUUCAGAAUUUUCAGCACUGCAUGCAGGAGCUUCAGUGUUUGAGACCGGAAAUGAUAGCAGAACAUAUAGAGGAGGCUUUAAGAAGUAAAAGAGAAGAUGUUGUUCCUUGCACUGAUCACAUAAUGAAAAUUAUUGAAGCACUAAAGUUGACGUCAGAUGGGGAACUAUUGAAAGAAAGUGUGGCUGUGGAAAAGGAGAGAAUGAAUAUCAAAGUCAAUAAAGCAAAAGGGGACUUGGAUCAAGUCAACCAAAUUGCGGCUCUUAUCUCUGAAAUACGUAAUUGCUUGCUUAAAGUUGAUUUCUUGGAACCGAAGAGCGGGGCCUCAGUCCCGCCAUACUUCCGCUGUCCCUUGUCACUGGAACUCAUGUUGGAUCCUGUGAUUGUGGCUUCAGGUCAGACUUAUGAGAGGACAUCCAUUCAGAAAUGGCUUGAUAAUGGGUUAACUAUUUGCCCAAAGACCUACCAAACACUAGCUCACACAAAUCUCAUUCCGAAUUAUACUGUAAAAGCUAUGAUAACAAAUUGGUGUGAGGAAAAUCAUAUAAGAGUUUCCUGUAACUCUAAGCAAACCAAUCGUACCUCAGCUCCAAACCCAUCAGAUCAUGCUUUACCAUGCUUGGAUGGUUUCCAUUUCUCCCAGCAUAGUAGCAACUCUACAUCAAAAUCAUCUCUUAAAGUUGGAAAUGGAUUUGAGAAACACGGGAUUGAUUUCUCAUAUAAAUUAAGUGGAGAAGAAGCCAAUGGGCAUCAAAUUGGGAAGACUGAAAGCUUUGAGCGCCCAUCCCAUGAAUUGUCAUUUAUUCACAGCAGGAGUGAAUCAGCCUCAAGUGCCAUAUCCAGUAUUGAGUAUGUGCCUCCUGCAUCAAAUGAGGUAUCGACGAUACCUGACAAGCAUGAAAAAAUGAGUGGCUUGUUGGGAGAGAUUGCAUCUGAAUGCCUGAACAAAGAAUCAGGAUUUUCUCCCUGGUUGUCUGGAAAUCAAAUCCCCAUUCCUAAACCAAAAGCCGACGGGGAAAGCAAUGCAAACCGUGACCACAGAACACACUCUGUUUCCUUUUUGGACUCAGGUUCUGAUGAUCUAACUACAACUUCUCAUGUCAAGAAUUUGGUUGAAGAUCUUAAAAGUCAAUCAAAUGAAUUGCAGACUGCUGCUGCAGCAGAACUACGGCUUCUUGCAAAGAACAAAAUGGAGAAUCGCAUCGUUAUAGGUCACUGUGGUGCUAUUGUUCCAUUGCUUUCUCUACUACACUCAGAAGUGAAGCUAACUCAGGAGCAUGCUGUUACAGCCCUGCUGAACCUAUCAAUCAAUGAAGAAAUUAAAGCCAUGAUUGCAGAAGCAGGGGCAAUUGAACCGCUUAUUCAUGUCUUAAAUUCAGGAAAUGAUGGAGCCAAAGAGAAUUCUGCUGCAGCCCUAUUCAGCCUCUCUGUUUUAGAAGAAUACAAGGCAAAAAUUGGCCGUUCUGGUGCUGUCAAAGCCUUGGUGAAUCUUCUAGCGUCUGGAGCUUUAAGAGGGAAAAAGGAUGCUGCUACUGCUUUGUUUAACCUUUCUAUCCUUCAUGAGAACAAGGUUCGAAUAGUUCAAGCUGGAGCAGUAAAGUAUCUUGUCAAGUUGAUGGAUCCUGCCACUGGAAUGGUUGACAAGGCAGUUGCCCUUCUUGCAAACUUGUCAACAAUCGGGGAAGGGCGCUUGGCUAUUGUGCGUGCUGGAGGCAUUCCUUCACUAGUUGAGGUUGUUGAAUCAGGAUCUCAUAGGGGAAAGGAAAAUGCUGCCUCUGUAUUGAUGCAAUUGUGCCUUAAUAGUCCCAAGUUCUGUACCCUUGUUUUGCAAGAAGGAGCAGUUCCUCCCCUUGUUGCGUUGUCCCAAUCUGGCACAACAAGAGCAAAGGAAAAGGCACAGCAGCUUCUGAGUCAUUUCCGUAAUCAGAGAGAAGUGUCCAUGGGAAAGGGUAAAUCAUGAGAAGAGACAAUUUUUGUUUGAUUAUCUGAUUUUUUAAGAAUCUGUUUGCUCUCCAUCUAGAUGCAUGGGGGCUUUUUUUCCAUAUAUUUUUAGGUUUUAGCUAUAUUCGUUUAUGUUGUAGUCUUUAUUUAUUUCUCAAGUAGGAAAUAGUGUGCUCAUUAGAUUUUAGUUAUUCCCAAAUAUUUGAGUGCGGUCACUGGGGAUUUGUGCUUUAUUUUCUUUUGGUGUGUUAGAAUAGAAGAAUAUGGAUAACCUCGUGUCUUAAGUAAUGUAUAUAUUAUGUAUAUAUAUCUUGUUAACUUUUGCAGUCUGCUAUACAAUAGAAGUACAAAACAAUGAAUAUUGAUGGUAUUUCAUGCAUAAAUGUUCCGAGUUUCUGAA